AUGGCUCUGCAUCUGCUGGAGGAUUGGUGCAAGGGGAUGGACCUGGACCCCAGGAGGGCCCUGCUGAUCGUGGGCAUCCCUGUGGAGUGUAGCGAAGAGGAGAUUAAAGAGACCCUGCGGGCGGGCUUACAGCCCCUGUGCGCCUACAGUGUGCUGGGCAGAAUGUUCCGAAGGGAGGACAACUCGAAGGCGGUUUUCGUCGAGCUGGCCGACAGGGUCGGCUAUGCUGCGCUGCCCGAUCGCAUCCCAGGCCGGGGGGGCGCCUGGGAGGUGGUGGUGACACCCCGUAGCCCGGAUGACGAGUUCCUGCACAGGCUGAACUGCUUCCUGAAAGAUGAGGGCCGGAGAAUGGUGGAUGUGGUCCGAACCCUGGGGUACAGCACUUACCCCGAGGACGUAAAGCCAGAAGUCUUGACGCCGGUCCCGCAGCCCCUGAACGAAAGCACGUGGUACCGAAAACUGAAGGUGUUCUCGGGAAGCACUUCCCCCGGGCCCGGCGAGGAGCACUUUGAAGCCUGGCUAGAGCAGGUGACCGAGAUGAUGAAGGUGUGGCAGGUGUCUGAGGCGGAGAAGCAGCGGCGUCUGCUGGAAAGCUUGCGCGGCUCCGCCCUGUCCAUCAUGCGGGCGCUCCGGGCCAGCAGCGACUCCAUGACGCUGGAGCAGUGCCUGGACGCCCUGAAGCAGAUCUUCGGGAAUAAAGAGGACUGCAGAACCUCACAGUUUAAGUUCCUCCAGACCCUGCAGAAGCCUGGAGAGAAGGUCUCCGCGUUUUUGCUGCGGAUAGAGCCCCUGCUGCAGAAAGCCGUGCAGCACAGCCCCUUGUCAGUGCGAAGCACAGACACGGUGCGCCUGAAACACGUCCUAGCUCAAGCCUCCAUGAACACCGCCCUCCAGGGCAAGCUCAAGCUCCUGGAGCAGCGAGGGUGUGCGCCCACCUUCCUGGAGUUAAUGAAGCUCAUUCGCGAUGAGGAGGAGUGGGAGGCCACCGUGGCGGUGACCAGGGAGAAGCAGAGGCAGAUAGCAAGGGGCCACAGGGCCUCUGGCACCCAGGUAGCGGCAGAAACCAGCGCGCCAGUCCGCCCGCUCAUGGUGCAGGCAGGGCUGCUUCACGAGAGCAGCACUCAGGCCGCCCAGGACGGGGGUGCCCUGCCGCUGAAGCGCAGGCAGGUGCCAUGCUGGUUCGGGACUGGGGAGGAAGGCCACAGCCAGGCAGAGCGUCCUAGGGCCGAGAACCAACCCCCGACCAAGCAGAAGCCUCAGCCUGCAGCAGAAGAGUUGGGAAACGAGGUGGGGGCUGGGGCCGGGAGCCACCCCAAGCCCUGGGAAGCAUAG